CCAUUCCAGCUCCCAGGCCAAAAGCCAUUCCCAUUCCCAUCUCCUCCUAUUCCCGAACUCCCUCCUCCUCCUCCCCUUCACUUCUUCUCCCGUAGUCGAGCCAUGGCCGCCUUCUCCCUGGUGCACCAGUUGCACGGCUUUAUCACCAGCAUGUUCUCCGAUGGUUUGCUCGACGGGCAAUUCCAGAUACUGCAGUCGCUCCAGGACUCCAGCGCGCCGCACUUCGUCCGUGAGACCAUCACGCUGUUCUGCGACGACGGGGAGCGCAUCAUCCGCGAGCUCGCCAAGCUACUGGAGAAGCCUUCUGUGGAUUUUGAAAGGGUGGACGCUUUUGUGCAUCAGCUGAAAGGGAGCAGUUCAAGCGUUGGUGCUCAAAGGGUCAAGAACACUUGUCUCCAGUUCAUUGAGUUUUGUCGGGAGAAGAACAGAGCAGGCUGCAUGAGGACACUUCGCUCUCUGAGGAAUGAGUUCUAUGAUGUGCGCGCAAAGUUCCAGACCAUGCUGCAGCUGGUGCAGCUGGUUCAGGCCAAGUAAACUGGCUGGAGCAACAAAGUGGAGCUCCAUGUUCUUGUGUUGUAAACCUUUGAAGUUGUACAACAUGCCCAGAUUGGCUUGCAGAUCCUGGAGUCAUUUGCUUCAUUCAUCAUCUAGCUUCGACGCAUAAAUCAGUGUCUGUAGUUUUGUUUCGAAUUCCCAGUGGUCAAGAAACAAUCAUCCGCUGUAGUCAUCUUGUGGAUUGUUGUCAGUGGUCAGCUUGGUGACUGAAUUAGUUUGUGUAGUCUCAGGUGUCUUAGCCUUGUGGUCGCGCAUUAGCACUGUGAUCUUGACCAGAUGAAGAACCUGGUGAUGUUAUGAUGAAUGAUGUUAUGUUUGGUUCGAAACAUCUGUUUGCUGCUGUUGGUCAACAAUGUGUGUGCUGUAAGAUGUAACCCAUAUAGUUGAUCAGGUCUAA